AUGUCCAGUUCUACAGAGCAAGAAUCGACAAUCUCGGUGGGUUCAGAUACCACGUCGGUGAUAAGGAGACUGCAAGACUGUGACUAUUUGAUUGGCCCAUCUACUCUGGGUCCAAACUUCUUAAAAUUGAAAAGCUCGCCUGAUCGUGGCCGUGGAAAGGUGAGGGGUGGAAGACGAACUGCAGGUGUACGGCGAGAUUCCAAGAGCCCAUCUUCACCGGACAGGUUCAUCCCGCUACGAGACUCGAUUGACAACCCAUCUACGCCAUAUAGAGUUGGGAAGGACCCACAGGAACUGUCUCCCGAAGAGAGGCUUUUCCGCCGCCGCUCACCUGGGGAGGACCCCUUCACCCCUAAGAAAACCCGGCAACCAAAGAGUGCCACGAAAGCUGGCCGUGUUUUCAGCCCCCAUUUCGGGCCUCAUCUUGUAAACGACUCGGCAGCACCCGGAAGGUCGGCGUCGACUGGGGCAAGAGAUGCUACCCGGCGCGUGAGCAAUGGAGCAAUAUGGGCUGUUGGUGGCACUUCAGCUGCACUAGGUCGACGGUCAACAGUGGCACUGGAUGGCCCCAGGGGUCUACUUGCAAGUGGAACUACAGCUCCGAUGUAUGCCGCCAAGUUCUUACCGCAGAUUCGCACUUCAGCAGAGGAUCGUGUGACAUAUGAGUCGAGAAUUGCGCUUGCGUUGGACAUUGAUCCUGCGGCCAGAGUUCUCAACAAUUCCAAUCUCUUAUCCGUAAUUGACCCGCUCCCGAGCCCUUUUUCUGCAGAAUACGAACAACUUUCACCCCUGGUCUGGAAAGAUAACGCCUGGAGGAAGGUUGAGCGUGUUCAAUGGGAAGCGGCAACUUCGAGAAAGGACAAGGAUACUAUAGUUCCAAGCCUCCCGUUCCGAACUUUGGAUGCACCUCUUUUGCGCGACGACUUCUAUUGUUCAACCCUAGCGUAUUCCACAAUCGCUGGGACCCUUGCCGUCGGCCUUGGCCACCGCGUUUAUCUAUGGUCCGAAGCCUUCGGCGUGCAACACCCUCCUCUUGGAGAACACGAUUCCUCGAACUAUGUGACGUCUCUAUCAUUCUCCUCCGAUAAUGGCGGUAGAAGUAUCUUAGCUGUGGGUAGGAAGUCGGGCAUGUUGAGCCUAUGGAGCACGUUUGACUCCGAUGUGCGCUUCGAGAUAAGCCAUUCGAGCAUUAUUACUUGUGUCGCAUUCAAGCAGACGAAAUCAAAAAGACUCUCAGAAAGGUUUGACGACAUGGAAGUGGAUACUGAAGACCUUGCGGUGGGCGACGAUCUUGGGAAUAUCUGGUACUAUUCAGUAGAAUGGCCGAAUGAGGAAGCAAGAGAUCGAUUUGGCUGGCAUGGUAGAGUCACUUUACUCGCCAAAAUAUCAGCUCAUACGCAACAAAUAUGUGGCAUCGCAUGGUCACCGGAUGGGACCUAUCUAGCAACUGGCGGUAACGACAACGCCUGUUUACUAUUCGAACUGGCCGAUAUUAUUCCUGCGCGAGAGCUUGGUGUUUCCUUCAGAACAUGCUUGCCACAUCAAAACUGUCGCCCUGAGGGCAUGAGUUGCCCCAAUUCUUUCUCUUGCUUUGCAGCAAAUGCCAGCCGACGGCUCUUCAACCAGCGUAAUCUAUUGACCAAUCUACUUCCAACGUGGACAGCUUCACGAACUAGAUCCUUGUCUUCCUCUCUUCCUUCAGUCCUGACCCAUACCGGAUCGGUAGCUUCGGGUGGCGAUCAAGCCGUCUUUGUCCCAUCAAAUCGCCAGAAGCACAGGUUGGUUCAUGCUGCAGCUGUCAAGGCCAUUGCAUUUGCCCCUUGGCAACCCUCCCUCCUAGCCACCGGAGGAGGUUCUAACGACCGAGCCAUCCACUUCUUUCACACACCUUCUGGCGCUUGUCUGGCGACCAUUAAUGUGUUCGCUCAGGUUACUAGUCUGAUCUGGAGCAAGACAAGAAGAGAGCUAGUUGCCACGUUCGGGUUUGCACAACCGGAACAUCCGUAUCGCAUUGCUAUCUUUGCGUGGCCAAGCUGCGAACAGAUUGCCGCAAUUCCUUGGGGUCCUCAUGGCACGAGCUGGGACAGGCCCGCCAACGACACCGUCGUCGACUGUGGACGUGCACUUUGUGCCGUUAGCUACCCUGGGAGACCUCCCACGUAUCUUUACGAGGGAAUAGAUACUCCAGAAGAGUCCUCCAUUCCACGACCCCAGAUCCAUGAUAGUUUAACGAGCGGUGACCGAACUGGGGUUUCCCGGCGCCUGAUGGGGCGUGUGGUUGUGCGUCCUAGAGCCAAAGAAGGGGGUCUCUGGUGCUCACGUACCGUGGAAGAAGGAUGUAUUAUCGUAGCGUCUAGUGACCAGAGCGUCAAAUUUCACGAGGUAUGGAGCGGACCAUCGAAACAUAAAUCCUCGGCCUCUGGUCCCUACGGGGGCAGUGAGAUACUCGAAGGACUUGAAGGGCUGGAGAACCCGGGGCGCGAAAUUAUUCGUUAG